UGACAGCAUUUUCACCAGAAUGGAUAAUAUCUCUGCCUAAGUACAAGUAAGUUGAAAAAGCAAGUGGGUGUUGGAAUUGCCCUGUUUGAACAGCUUUGAAGUGCUGUACUAAUAAGGUGGUGUUGAUUUUUGUGUCAUCAUAGAAAUAAAAAUCAUGUCGGAGAACUAAAGCCACUUAAAACUCCUGACUCCAGCCCAUCACGUCCCCUUGAUUUGUUGUGAAAGAUGCCAAUAAAAACAAUGAGAGGGGAGGAGCUAAUACAGAUUUCUUUCUUUAGCUGUGGUCCCUAAGUAGAAAUCUUACACUCUUUAUCUUGAGAAGGAAGCCAGCACCAUCUCUGACACAAAAGUUCCUUCCAGCACAAAUGGCUGUCUGACCAGAGUUCCUUCUUCUCUUGCCAUUGGCUGACAUUGUUCAUAAAAUACAAUUUGCUGUUUCACUUUUUUUUAAAACAAGCAAACUGAAUUACUUGGAGGAGGAAGACAGCAGAGACAGAGGAGACAGAGCCACGGCAGCUGAAAGAAAGAAAACUCAGGACCUCCUAGAGCUUUGACAUGUGUUACGAAUCUCCAAGAGAGGGAUACUAAAGCUUGCUGUGUCUCUCAGGCUGAUUUGAACACAGAAGCCUUUCCUUACACAGAACAUCUCAUGGAAUUUGUAGUUUGUGGAAGAUACUUUGGGAAGUGCUGAACUAAAGAAAAGACUUUUUUUUUUCUUUUACAUCAUUUACAUACCAACCAUAUUUUCUGAGUUGCAUCUUCACAUCAGUCUCUGAAGGAGAAUUGAAAAACAUAUUUGCCGUAUCGGAAAUACAUUUACAAAGCAUCCAUUUGGAAAAGAAGAAAUUAAGAAACUUGUGAUUAUCCAUGACAACUGUGCCUAGUAAAUUUACAUUUAAACCAAUGCUUGGUCAAAGAUAAACAAACCUGCACACUUCUAAGAGUGCAUGGAAAGAAAACUUAUGUCCUUAUCUCCAUCCAUCUCCGCAUCAGAAAUGGAAACCAACAGCACCUUCAGCGAUCACCAUAGCAACAGGAACUGCACAGCUGAAAACUUUAAGAGAGAAUUUUACCCCAUUGUGUACCUGGUAAUAUUUAUCUGGGGCGCCUUGGGAAAUGGCUUUUCCAUAUGUGUUUUCCUGCAACCUUAUAGGAAGUCCACAUCUGUGAACAUUUUCAUGCUCAAUCUGGCUACUUCAGAUCUCUUGUUCACAGCCACACUGCCCUUCAGGGUGGACUAUUACCUCAGAGGGUCCAAUUGGAUAUUUGGGGACCUGACUUGCAGGAUUAUGUCUUACUCUAUGUAUGUCAACAUGUACAGCAGCAUUUAUUUCCUGACUGUGUUGAGUGUGGUGCGCUUCCUGGCAACCGUUCACCCCUUCCGGCUCCUUCAUGCCACCAGCAUCAAGAAUGCCUGGAUUGUUUGUGGCAUCAUAUGGAUCUUUAUCAUGGCUUCCUCAACAACGCUUCUGAACAAUGGCUCUGAGCUGAAGGGCAAUGUCACGUUGUGCUUGGAGCUGAAUCGUAAUAAAGCUCCUAAACUGAAGACCAUGAACUACAUUGCCUUGGUGAUGGGCUUUCUGCUGCCCUUCUGCACGCUCAGCAUCUGCUACCUGCUGAUCAUUCGAGCCCUGUUGAAGACAGAGGUCCCAGAAUCAGGGCUGCGGCUUUCUCACAGGAAGGCAUUGACCACCAUCAUCAUUGCCUUGGUCAUCUUCCUCCUGUGUUUCUUGCCCUAUCAUAUACUGAGAACCCUCCACCUGCUGCAGUGGAAGGCGGAUACAUGCAGAGACUCGCUGCAUAAAGCUGUGGCCAUCACACUGGCUUUGGCGGCAGCCAACAGCUGCUUCAACCCUUUGCUUUAUUACUUUGCUGGGGAGAAUUUUAAGGACAGACUAAAGUCUGCACUCAGGAAAGAUCAUCCACAGGGACCAAAGUGCAGCUUUCCUUUCUGUGUGUGGCUGAAAAACGAAACAAGAGGGUAAGGGGUUCUUGGGCGAGGCUGUUCCUAUGUCUUGUGUCCACCUUCAUUCACAUGUGGUCUCCAAAAGACCAUCUAUUUACACCAUUCCCAACAAAGGUCGAUUCCCAAGAUUUAAUUGACCAUGAUUUUAUUAUAAGACCUACUGCAAAUCUUUCAUUAGGUGUAUCUUCAGUGUUUGAGCCUAAAUAAGGAGUACAGCAGGAAAAAUCCCCGUUAGAGUCUUGCAACCAGAAAUGUCAGACUGGGAGAACAUGCUGAGCACAGUGGCUGCUGCUUCUCAUCAAAUUCUGUGUCAGUCAGAUCUCUGGCUGACUAGGCAUUCUAAAUGCUUAGUUUUAAGACAACCCCAACGUUUCCAGCUUCCCUUGUUCCUCGUCCUUCUUCAAUCUCCUGUUGUUAUUGUUGUUCAGUCACUAUAUGUCCGACUCUUUGCGCCCCCGUGGACUGCAGCAUGCCAGGCUUCCCUGUCCUUCACCAUCUCCCAGAGUUUGCUCAAAUUCAUGUCCAUUGAGUCAGUGAUGAUAACCAUCUCAUUCUCCUGAGAUACAGCCAAUUAACAAAGCUACUGGAGGCCCCAGAACAGAUAAGAAAAGCAUCCUUAGAAUUCAGGGGAAAGAUUGUGAAGAGGAAAUCUGCCCUCUAACAAAGCAGAGUCAAGGUCCCCAACAAAACCUGAGGGAGAAAAACAGAGAGAAGCCCCGGGACAAGAGAGAAAGGGGAAAAAGAAUUUCAUUUUGCACUAGGAGAGGAUUUCUAGUGCAAAAUGAAAAUCCAAAGGCAAAAGCUAUGCCUUUCUCUUGUCAGGGGCUUAGGAAAGACAGGAAGAUUAGGAGAAGGAUGCGGGGCAUUGCCCUCGGGAUGGAGGGAUUAUGUGCAGAAUAGGAAAGAAGGGGGUCAAUUUUACUCUUGAGAGUUGGGUUCGGGUUGUUUACUGCAGUUCUCAUCCUACAAGUUAAUCCAUUUGGAUGGGAUAAACCUCCAGAAUAAAGGAGAUGGUGCUAAGGGUUUGGUUGGGCACUAAGAGAGAGGGUAAGCUGGAAGGCAAGUUACAAAGAUUGUGGUACCCCUGAAAUUUUAUGAAAUUCGAUAAACAUUUUGACAGAACAUGAGAAGGGUGGCUUUCUUCUGAGAGAGUGUAGAAAAGCACUGGUUUGUGGGAGGUGGGGUCCUGUCUGCCACUGAAGCAAAACCAAGUCGACUACCUACUGCCACCACCAUGACCACUGUACUGUCAACAAUCGAGUGCCCUCUCUGUGCUGGGCAGACUGUGCAAGGCACUGUGCUGUGCUGUGCUUCGGCACUCAGUCAUGUCCGACUCUUUGUGACCCCGUGGACUGUAGCUCACCAGGCUCCGCUGUCCUUGGGGAUUCUCCAGCAAGAAUACUGAAGUGGAUUGCCAUGCCCUCCUCCAGGGGAUCUUCCCACCCCAGGGACUGAACCCAGAUCUCCCACAUUGCAGGUGGAUUCUUUACCAUCUGAGCCACCAGAGAAGCCUGUGCAAGGCACUACUCAUCCAUUAGUCCCACUUAGCCCUCACACCAAAGCCCUGUAUUUUCAUUUUACAGAUGAAGGAACUAAAGCCCAGAGAAAUUAAGAAUUUUGUUCAAGUUCAUAGAGCGCCACAAGAAUUUUAAAAACAUCUGUGCAGAGGGGUUGGCUAGGUGCUUCACCCACCAUUUCCCUGGCAACCCUCCAGGGACAUUACUUGACUGUCUUAAGUGAAAGGUUUCUUCCCUCAUCAGGUACCUACCCCUUCUUACUCUCAUGAAAAGACUGAAGGCUGAAGUUUCUCUCUUUGGAAUUAGCCUCAAGAUAGAGUGGAGGGUGGGAAGGAGGUGGUGUUCUGAAACUAGGAAGAGACUGAGGGAAAGUCCUCAUAGUGAAGAGGAGCCUCAGAGUUCUUUGGUCACUCAGCUGCCAGAAUGCUGACAGACACACACCUUGUCAAGACACAUGCCUGGAGGGUCCUUCUACAGGACAGCAGUCAAUGACUACUACACAUCGGAGAAAAGGGCCAGAACAUGAAAAAGCAACAGUAAAUGAGAGGGUAGAUAGAAACAUUUUCAGUAUGAAAGGUCUCAACAUUUUCAACACCUUCGCAUUUUUUAACAGAACCCUACAGGAGAGUUUGCUUCUCCAAAAUAAGAGAGUAAACCAAGAUAAAGGAAAACAUGACAUUUAGAAAGCAGAGACUCCAACACAGGAUAAAGAUGAAGAAAAUUCCUAGGACGUUGGUGUGUAGCAGAAAAACAAGAAAUUGAUUUAUUUACAUAUGUUGGAGAGAUUUAUGUCUUUCUUGGAUAGCGUGGGAUGAACUGGUAAAAAUAUACAGGAUAAUAAGCAAGUUAAAAGACAAGGCAAUUAUUAAAUACUAGGGGGAAAGAAACCAAUGUUCAAGAAUGGAAAUAAAACCACAGUACACUACAUGGUUCAGCUGUGAACAAUAUUUACAUAGAGAAUAUAAAUAGCAAAAUACUGUGAUAUAAUUUUUUUCAGGAAAUGAGGGGGAGAGGUUGUGUAUGUGGAGGGAGGGGUAUAAUAAAUCUAUGUCUCUAAUUUUUAUCACAGAAAAUGCAUAAUAGCUAAAGCUAAAGAAUGAUAACUACCUGUAUAAAAAUGUUAUUUAACAAUAGAAGCUAAAGCCCAGAAUAAACAGUAAAAAUGAUUGAUAGGAUUGCCUUUGGAGAGAAGUUGGGUAUGGGAAGAUAGGGUGGGGAUUUCUCUUUUCCUUUUAAUAACUAUUUAACUGUCUAACUUGUGACUAUGUAUUGCUGAAAUAAAAUAAAAAUUAAGUCAAAAUUAAAAUUUUAAAUGUGAAUUAAUUCUGCCUUAAAAAAUAAAAAAGACAAGGAAGAAAAGAAAGGCUACCAGAAAUGGAAAUUGAACACUGAGAGAAGAAAGGAAAGC